AAUCAUUUGUAGUCACCUGUGUACGUUUUAAGUACAUAUUACAGUGUUUUAUGUGCAUAAUAAUUUUCAGGUUGUAACUGGACUGAACACGUGUGAUUUUUUAACAGCCUUGAAAAUAUCAAGAGAAAAUGGUAGUCGGCGUUUUUCCGGCUCUCAAAUUGGGAGUGUUAUUUGUUAAACAAAUUAGUAAACCCUUAGCAAAGUUUCUUGUUAACCAAGCGAAAAAUCAUCCAGUAUUUAGGACUUACUUCAUCAUACCUCCAGCACAGUUUUAUCACUGGGCCGAAGUAAAAGCUAAAAUGUAUGUAAUGAAUCUUGGAAAGCCCACGAAAGUUGCAAAGUUAAACGAAGCUAUGGCAAUAGAGUUAGGAGCAAAUCUAAUGGGUGAGGUUAUCAUAUUUAGCGUUGCUGGUGGUUGCUUGGUGUUAGAAUAUAAUCGUCAGGUAGCGAAAGAAGCAAAGAAAGAGGAAGCACGUCAAGAACAGAUACAGAAGUUUACAAAUGACAUUGAAAACUUGAAUAAAAUUACAUCUCAACAACAAGCUGAAAUUCUGUAUCUACAAGAAGCUGUUAAGACUUUGUCAAAGCAUACAAAACACAAACUCCCUUUAAAUCCUAUAGCAACAGAAGUAAGUGGUCAAAAACAACAAUUGCACACAAAUGGAAAACAAGAUUUGAACACUAGUAAGAUAAUAAACAUGGAAACACAUAGUAGAGGGAAUGAGAAUCAGUCAUUGAUUGAGACAGCUAUUAUAUACUACCAAAAUGAUGUAAGAGCUGAUAAACUCAAUUAA